ACUUCCCUUCAAAAUGUCGUCGUCAUUUGCCGCUGCUGUAUCGUCUACGUGACCUGGGCGAGCAUGGCUUGCUUUCCUAGAGAUACGAUCAUUCCAGAUACUCUCACUCUAUCGCUGUAGGAAGCAUAAGAUCGACCCUCUCCUUCUUCUCCUCCCGCCUUUCAACAAGCGCUCGGAUACCAGGCUGCAACCGAUCGCUCGCUGGUUCUGCUGUUCUGUCAUGUCGCUGUCCUCUACGACUCUUGACCCGGCACCCCCACCGAAUGAGCAUCAACUCCAACCCGAUCUUAGUGAAAUCGCUGCUCCUAACCCUUCUAGGCUGUGCGAGCAUGGGCGUAGACGGGGAAGAUGCAAAGACUGUGGGGGGAAGGGAAUAUGUGAACACAAGCGAGUGAGGAGGCAGUGCAAGGAUUGUGGUGGUGCAGGGAUAUGUGAGCACAAGAGACUCAGAAGGCAAUGUAAGGAAUGUGGUGGCUCAGGUAUUUGUGUGCACAAAAGGAUUCGAAGUCACUGCAAAGAUUGUGGUGGAAAAGGAAUAUGCGAGCACGGGAAACGCCGCAAUCGCUGCAAGGAUUGUGGGGGGAAAGGGAUAUGCCAACAUGGGCGAAGGAAAAGUCGCUGUAAAGAAUGUGGAGGAUCGGAGAUCUGUAUUCAUAGCAGGAUCAAAAGCCAGUGCAAGGAUUGUGGAGGAAACAGUAUAUGUGAGCACAGGCGCAUUCGCAGUCAAUGCAGGGAAUGCAGAGCCGUUGCGAUGUGCAUUCACAGGCAAUUGAAGUCACAAUGUAAGGUUUGCAAUGGCAGCGACAUGCUUAUGACCCAUUGUAACCCCACGUGUACACGUUGCCGUUGGAGCUCAGCGCCACCACAUGGAAGGCUCCGAGCGCGAUGUCGGAGAUGUGGAUCCCCAGGGAGGACAGGGAGGUCACCAACGUCGGCGUGUACCUAUAGGUCUGAUCCCCCGUCCCCAGCUGCCCGUACUUGUUGUCCCCCCACAUGUACACCUCCCCGCACCUGCAUGUCUGGACGCCAGCCGCGUACAGCAUCAUCUCCAACCCCGAACCCUGCGCGUUCCCGGACCUCGUGCCCAGCACUGGCAGCGCGAUGA